AUGCAGCCUGUGCUAGCUCUGCUGCCCACUCUGUUGCUGCUGCCCCUGGUGUACCCAGGUCAACCUCAGAACCAGAGGAUGGUGAGAACUAUGCCAAGCUCUCUGGAUGAGGGUGAAACAUGCUAUUGUGUGGUCCACUUGCCCAAAUCCAUCCUGCUACAGCAGCUAGAACAGCUACAAGGUACAACCCAGGAACUUGUUAGCAGGUUUAAGCAAGUAUUGUCCAUGGUUGGUGCAUUUGUACCUGCCAUUGAAGGCCACAACAACCAGGUCCUGAAUAUGAGCCACAUGCUGAAGUUCAGAAAUUCCAGUGUCCUCACUCUCUCAUCUGAGCCCUCAACCUUGGAUCAGCUGCACUUAGAGCUGGAGAGAGUACAGAAGUUGUUGACCCAGCUUAAUGCCAAUGGAGGAGUUAAUGGGGCUAGGUAUCUCCUCCACCAACUCCAAAUCCAGGUGACUAAUAUCAGUCUUAUGCUCAAACUUCUGGCUGAUGCGGACCAGAGCAGCUUUCGUGCUCUCCAACAGCAGGUGGAUAUCCUCGAGGCCCAACUACAUGAGUGCAAGAGAGAAAGGGAACAAGAAGAGACUUACAGACAUCAUGGUUCAUUUUUGCCCCCCGAUUCUUGCAGUUGUGGAAGCCUCCAGAAAGUCAGCAGACCCUUUGUAGUGAAGCUCAAUUGGAGGGGCUUCUCAUACAAGGCGGGUUCCUGGGGCCGAGACUCAGCACCAAAUCAGACCUCUUCCCUUUAUUGGGUGGCCCCCUUGAGUGCGGAUGGCAGGUACUUUGACUACUAUCGGUUAUACAAGACCUAUGAUGACCUGGUGCUUUUGAAGAACUAUGAAGAGCGGAAGAUGGGUUAUGGUGAUGGCAGUGGAAAUGCUGUAUACAAUAACUUCAUGUACUUUAACUACUAUGGUUCAAAUGACAUGGCCAAGGUGGAUCUUGCCUCCAACACCAUAGUACUACAGCGCCCAUUGCCUGGUGCCACCUACAAUGACCGUUUCUCUUAUGCUGGUGUACCCUGGAAGACCUUGGAUUUUGCUGUUGAUGAGAAGGGGCUGUGGGUGCUCUAUGCCACUGAGGGAAGCAGGGGCAACCUAGUUGUAAGUCGUCUCAAUACCAGCACCUUAGAAGUGGAGAAAACUUGGCACACUAGGCAGUACAAGCCAGCCCUGUCGGGGGCCUUCAUGGCCUGUGGGGUGCUUUAUACCUUACGCUCACUGAGCAUUCGCCAAGAGGAGAUCUUCUAUGCUUUCGAUACUGCCACUGGGCAGGAACAGCAUCUCAGCAUUAUACUGGACAAGAUGCUGGAAACCCUGCAAGGUAUCAAUUACUGCCCCCUGGACCAAAAGCUUUAUGUUUUCAAUGAUGGUUAUCUGAUCAAUUAUGACCUCACCUUCCUGAAGUGUAAGCUACCAAGAUCACCAACCAAAAGAGCCUCCAGGGCUAAUGCCCCACAAAAACCUGUCAAUCCCCCAAAACCUUCCAUGCCGUGAGACAAGGCAUUGGUAGAGUGUGUCUUCUUCUUUACUGACAGCAGGGCCAAUCACCAAAAUGGCUUGUUCAUUCUCAUGAUUGGGAGAUAUUGGGAAUAGUUCCUUAAUUAUUCUUAUAAUUAGUAUCGCAAUCAACACCUGAAGGAUUUCUCUUAAACUGAUCUAGGUGAGUUUGAUUGGGAAAUAAAGCAAAGUGUUAGGAGAAUGUUGAUCCUUCUCCCUGAUGUUUUGGCAUCUCGUAUUCUAUGUUCAAAAACUAUGAAUUCAGAUUUGAAAUUCUAGCCUUCUGUGACCUAGAAUGGUAAAAGUCACAGGUUGAGAACACCUGGUAACAGGGCAUAGGAUUCAGGGGAGCUGGAUAAAGUUCUCUCUUGCCGCUAUCAUCCUAUGGUGUCCCUGGAGAGCCAAGAAACAGGGUUUUAGUCUGAAAAGUAACUUUGACUGCUCUGGAUCAAUCUACUUAUUUCACAGAGAGAGAGAGAGAGAGAGACAG